UACCAGGGGAGGUAAUCUGUGGAGCGAAAUAGUGUUGGACGAUUUGUUUGAACAGUGGCCAAAAAAUGGGAAAACCCAUAUGUAUAAGCAGUGAUGAAGAGGAUGACAUUUGGGAAUAUAAUUCACAAAAGAGAAGUUCUAUCUGUAGUUCAUCUGUUGGAUCUAAAAGACCAGUCACAAGUAGAAGAAAGCCUUUGCCUCAAAAACAUAUUAAACAAGAAGAAGGUGUACAGCGGGAUAUUAAAUCAGAAAAAAACAAGCAGAAAACUAAAAGGAAAAAAAUUGCUAAAGAACCUACACCAGCCAUAAAAGAAGAACAGACCCCAAAUAGUAAAAGGCAAUGCCCAGUAUGUCAGAUGCCAUUUACCUUGUUGUCUAAAAUCGAAACACCCAGCUGGCACAUAGACCAGUGUUUGAUGGAACCAAAUGCCGCACAUCCAGAAUGCACUGAUGGAAAGGAUUGCCAGAGCACUAUUGCAAGUCAUUACCAGAGGUUUCGACACACACAGCUGGCCCGGUCUCGACGAAAGAGUGUUGAGGUUACAACGCAAAAAGGUGACAUUGGUAGUGCCAAAGUUAAACUACAGUUUGAUGAACCACCAUCUACCAUGACAGGCAAGACCAAGAUUCACGUGCCUGGAAGUUCCUCAGCCUGUUCGCAAACCUUAGACUCUGUGAGUCCAGUGAGCAAUGCCCAUAGGUCGGAUAAAGAUGUGUGUGACCUUGACACGGACGAUAGUUUGCCCGCUAUGGACCUGGCUAGUGGACGAUUGUUGCACAGGGGUUCCACACAACUUAUUGCUGACAUAAAACCUGUUGUUCCGAGCAGCAGUGAUUCGGAGUCGAGCUUAGACCUGAUAAGAGGGCGAAAAGUUAGAAAAUUGUCUAGUGAGAGCAAUAAAUCUGUUAUUCAGCUGAGUAGUGAAUCUGAAAUGGAUGUUUUGAAGGAUAAUGAGAAGAGAGAAAGGAGAAACUCGUCAGAGCAUUCGGAGGUUCGCAAGUUAUUCCGUGGAGCGUCUGAUGGUGACACAUGUUGCUCUGAUGAACUGGAUUGUAAAAGAGAGAUUUUAACAGCUGUAAAAAUUACAAAUCUCUCCAAUAUCACUCAACACAAAGGAGAUACACACAAAGAAGAAUCUCAAGUUAUUACCAGGGUGAACGCUAGUGAUUUAAUUUUGUGCACAUCCAAUAAUACGGAUCAGAGUAUAGAGGACAUCUUUGAUGUACACGAUGAAGACCGGACAGUCAGUCAGAUGCUACAAGAUGUGGAUGGCGAAGAGAGGUCAGAAGAUACAGGAGAAAUUGACAAUGAGCUCAUGGAUGCUAAAAAUAGAAAUCAAGCCAAAGAAUCUGUCAGUAAAGUUUUAAUGAAAUUGAGCAAAGAAGAGGAUGGGGGUUCUGAAGGCAAAAAUUCGAAAAUUGUUAAAUUGUUUCGUACUUCAGCUCACUCCAUUGAUCUUGCUGGGAAGAAGAUGACAAUAAAUGAUUCCACAAGUAGAGUUCAGAAAAACUGCACAAAAGGUUAUGCUUCUGAAAAAAAUAUUCUGGUGAAUGAUCAAAGUGAACCGAACAGAAGGAGAGAUAAAUCAAAGCAAAUAAAUGAAAGCCUUGCUAAAAGUAAGGUUCCUCUCAAUUUUGAUGAAAGCACAACAGAUUCUGGUAUUGGAUUUUUUGCCAAAAAAAGGCGCCUACUUGAAUCAGGGAAUACAGAUGAUGCUUGUGUAACGAGGAAUAUUACAACAUUGAAGUCUGCAAAUGAGGAUAAAGAUACAGACAGAGAAAGUCCAACUGGAUGUCAGACGGAGAGACAUAUUUCUGAGACUCAUAUGUCAUCUGAAGCAGACGAUGAGUCAUCGUUAAUUGAGUGCAUGCUAAAAGGUCAAAGCAAUUUAAAUAAUAAGAUAAAGGUAUUUAAAACAGAAUCUGGAAAAGGUCCAAAAAGAAGGAAUACAAGUAAAAUGCCUGAUGAAACUAGUAAAAGUAAGAAGCUGAAGGGUUUAGCUGGUGGGCAAAGGAGCUUGACUUCAUUUUUUAAAAGUGUGAAGUCAGAAGAUAUUGUUAUUCGUACAGACAGUAGCAGUAGUGAUGAUUUUGCUAAAAUGACUUCAGAUGGAAAAUGUUGCCUGAACUGCACUGCUUAUGAGUCUGAAUGUGCCAAAAAAUCUGUUUCUGCAGGUGUCAACGACGAUUCUAAGGGUGUUAACAAGUCAUGUGAGACAAUGGAAAUGUUUUCACCUAAAGUGUCUGAUGCUAAUGUUAAGCAGGUAAACAUAUCACUCAGUAACUCAAGAGGUAAUAGCCAUUGUCAAGAAACACUUUCUAAACGUUCUGUGAGUGUAAAUCAUGGGAUAUGUACAAACACUCCUGAAUUUCUCAUCCAAGAAAUAUGUACAGUGUCACAAAAUACGUUUUCAAAGAUUGGAUCCAUAGGAUUACCUGAGAUACCCACAGACCAAGGGGGUGGAUUUUGUUCGGAAAAUGAUGAAGGCAGUUUUGAAGAGGAUGUCACUGGCUGUAGUGCUAGUCCUGGCGAUUCUGUGAAAAAUAAAAGGGCGGUCAUUGAUAGAGUUUCCACAGAUGGCGGUUUGAUGAACUAUGUUGCUGUAAAAGUCAACCAAAUUCGUAAAAAUGCUGCAGAUAUUUUAAUGGCAAGCAGCAGGUUUGUUUAUCAUAACAUGUCUGGCGUCUCUACUGCUCCUGCGAAACAACAAGAGUGGGGUAGAAGUAUAGAUUCUGUCACAAGUGAGGGCACUUCACUAUCUGGCAAUAGCAGUUCACGACAGUGUCCGUUUUAUAAGAAAAUACCGGGUACCAGUUUCACAGUGGAUGCAUUCCGGUAUGGAUUAAUUCCAGACUGCACUGCCUACUUCCUGUCCCAUUUCCAUUAUGACCACUACAUGGGUCUCAACAAGAAGUUCAUGGGCAAUAUUUACUGCAGUCAGAUCACUGCUAAUCUGGUGUGCAAGCAGCUUGGUGUGGACAGGAAGUGUGUGCAUCCACUGCAGCUGAAUACGACCUCUGAAAUAGACGGGGUGUCUGUCACGCUUCUAGAGGCAAAUCACUGUCCUGGUGCCGUCUUGAUCCUCUUCAGACUGAAAACAGGAAAGGUACAUCUCCACACGGGUGAUUUCCGGGCCAGUCGAAGUAUGGAAUGCUACACAGAACUGUGUAACGUGAAAGUCAACGCUCUGUUUCUAGAUACUACAUACUGUGACCCGCAGUAUGUGUUCCCGCCACAAGAGGAAGUGAUCCAGUUCGCUGUGAAGCUUGCCAAGGAGGCCAGGGCAAAGAAUCGAAACACCCUGAUUGUUUGCGGAUCUUACACUAUCGGCAAGGAGAGGAUAUUUUCUGCCAUAAGUGAGGCUUUGGAUUGCAAGAUUUGUGUAACCAAGGAGAAGUUGGGUGUUUUGAUGUGUCUAGAAGACCCCUUGCUCCUUAGACGGUGUGUCGUGGGCUGGCAUCACUCGGGGCUACAUGUUGUACCAAUGAACAAACUCAACCAUAAGGUUGCUGUCCUACACCUACAGUGGUUUGUGUCCUGUGCCUAUAUAGGUCGCUGUCCUACACCUAUAGAGGGUUUGAAAGAGCACAUGCAACUCAGUGGUAAAGGUUACACGUCAGUGCUUGCACUUGAGCCUACGGGGUGGACACAGGCCAGAAACAAGACCCUUAGUGAUCUCACACCAAAACUGGAUCGUGACGGUAUAACUCUGUAUGGUGUACCAUACAGUGAGCACAGCAGUUUUCUUGAAAUGAAGCGCUUUGUUCAGUUCAUUCAACCAGAGCGUAUACUACCCACAGUGAACAACGGAAAUGUUCACAGUCGCAGGAAAAUGGAGGUGAUUUUUGAGACAUGGAAAGCCGAACAAUUGCAACACUAGCUGAUGUUUGCUGAUUUAGAGCCUUUGUUGAUUAUUUGAAGCAUUCUCAAGUUGUUAUGCCCCCUUUUGAAGAAAUGGGGCUAUAUAGUUUUCGCACUGUCCGUCAGUUUGUCUUGUCAGUCUGUCACACUUUUUGUGUCCGCUCUCUAAUUCAAAUAUUUUUUAUCCGAUAUUUACCAAACUUGGUCAGAAGUUGUAUCUAGACAAUAUCUAGGUCAAGUUCGAAUAUUGGUCAUGCCGGGUCAAAAGCUAGGUCACGGGGUCACUUAGUGCAUUUCAAGGAUUUAGCAUGGUGUCCGCUCUCUAAUUGAAGUAGUUUUUAUCUGAUCUUUACCAAGCUUGGUCAUAAGUUGUAUCAAGACAAUAUCUAGGUCAAGUUCGAAUAUGGGUCAUGCCGGGCCAAAAACUAGGUCACGGGGUCACUUGGUGCAUUUCAAGGAUUUAGUAUGGUGUCCGCUCUCUAGUUUUGAAAUAGCUAUCAAUUUGCAUACAUGCAUACACUCUUAAACUGUCAAUUGAGAAAUGUUAUUAUGUUUGCGGUUUUAAUAUUGUUAUGCCGAAGGAGGGCAUAUAGUGAUCGCUCUGUCUGUCCGUGUGUCCGUCACACUUUGCAUUUAGGUUUCGAAACAUGCUCAUAACUUCUAUGUUGCUUCAGAUGUAACAUUCAUAUUUGGUAUGCAUGUGUAUAUGGACAAGGCCUUUCCAUACGCACACAAAUUUUGAAGCCUUUGACCUUGACUUUGAACUUGGGGUCCGUGUUUAGGUUUCGAAAAAUGCGUUUAGGUUUCGAAAAAUGCUCAUUACUUCUAUCAAAGUGUUACCAGGGGCAUAUGUCAUCGUAUGGAGACAGCUCUUGUUUAAGUCAGUACAUUGAGUGCCUUUGUUUAUAACUUAUUAUGUGAUUUUGUAUAUGUGAUUUGGUAUUUUAUGUUUUUCCGUAGUGUUCAGAAACAUUGCUCAACACCUUGAAGGAAUGAAAGUUUUCAGUGCCUCACAACAUGAAAAAAAUUAAUGGAAAAAAAUAGCCACUUCAUUCAUGGCACUUUGUAAUGGCUGGCAUUCGUUCUGUUUUCGACUAGAAAUGAUUACACUCAAAAGCUAGUUAGAUGAUUUUCUUAAUGUGUUCAAUGGUUUAUGGCUAGAAAUGAUUAUAAUCAAAAGAUAGUUUGAUGAUUUUCUUCGUGUGUUCAAUAGCAUUUUGUCAUGAUACAAUCAUUUUUUGUAUAUUUAUAUUUUAUUAUAUUUAUACAUAUUAACAGUAUAUAUAUUGAAUGCAGCUAUUUUAGUUAAUUGUAGAAUUUUAUGUAAGUUUUUUGCAUAUUUAUGUGGUUUAAAUGCACCAAUAAUUGUAUACUUACCAAACUGAGCAUGUCUUGAGUCACCCAUCUAGUCUUGUUUUCAAGUGAUUUCCUCUUCAACUUCUGUCUGAUUUCAAUGAAACAUUAUUGAGAGCUUCAUUAGAUCAUAAUUUGCAUGAGACUAUAAUAUUCUGUUUCUAUGAUUUUCUCAGAGUUAUGGGGCUUAGAGUUUCAUUAUGUUUGCAAAAAAAAACUUUUCAUAAGUCCUCUUUACCACAAAAUCAAAUGUUUUACGAACACUAGAUUCCAAAAUCUCAUGUCAGACUUUAUAACAAAAAUCCACAAAUUACUGAUCAUACAAAAUUGUCAGAUUUUAUGAAUCCACAAAAAAUUAAGAAAAAUAAAUGAAUCUGCAGUAUGCACUAUUGCUGCAUGUUCUACUUGAGUCACAACUUAUUGCAAUAAUUUAUGUUUAAAUUGAGCUGAAAUCAAUUUAUUGUGCACAAUAACGUACUUGGCCGUGCAGCUUCUCGGAAUUAUGCUGUAAACCAUGUCGUUAUAAUUGUUUUCUUGAGUUCCAUAUCUUGUUAUUCUCAUAUCUCUGCUCUUCUGAAUGCAUUUAUUUGUAUUUAUGCUUAAUGAUUGUGUGUAAGGUUUCAUCCCAAAUUAGCUUGUGCUGUCUUCCCAGUCUAAUUAGGGAUGACACUGCACUUUUAUGUUGUUGCAGUUUUAGCUUGACUGUUAUAUAUGGAACAUAUAUAGUGGAGCUAUCCUACUCACCCCGGCAUGAGCAUGAGCGUUGGAAUGUUUAAGUUUGCGUACCACCUCAAAAAUUUUGUCCCUUGACAUAUUGCUUUUAUAUUUUGCAUACUUCUUUACCAACAUGAACCCAAUCUAUAAGCAAGAGCAGACAACUGUACCAAGCAUUUUGGAAGAAUUAUGGCCCUUUUUUCACUUAGAAUAUGCAUAUUAUUGAUAAAUCUAUGUUAAAGUUUGCGUACCACCUCAAAUAUUUUCUAUGUCCCUUGACAUAUUGCUUUCAUAUUUUGCAAAAUUCUUUACCAACAUGACCCCAAUCUAUAAACAAGAUCAGACUACUGUAACAAGCAUUUUGUAAGAAUUAUGGCCCAUUUUUCACUAAGAAUAUGCAUAUUAAUGAUAAAUCUAUGUUAAAGUUUGCGUACCACCUCAAAUAUUUUCUGUCUCUUGACAUAUUGCUUUCAUAUUUUGCAUACUUUUUUACCAACAUGACCCCAAUCUAUAAACAAGAGCAGACGACUGUAUCAAGCAUUUUGACAGAAUUAUGGCCCCUUUUAUACUUAGAUAUUUGAACAUUAUGUUAAGUUUUGUGUUUUGGUUCAUUUUAUUCCUAAAGUAUCAUAGCCAUUGCUUCCAGACUUGGAAAACUCGAUAAGGGGACUGUACAGGGCAAGUUUCAUAUCUCUGUUUGGCUUUUUAAUGGAAUUAUGGCCCUUUUUUGUGUUUAUAUCCACUUUACUUCUUAAGUAUCAAGGCUAUUGGUUUCAAACUUCAAAUACUUUCUUACUAUCAUGAUGGUACUGUACCUGGCAAGUUGAAUUUGACCUUGACCUUUGAAUGAACUUGACUCUUAAGGUCAAAUUAAUAAAUUUUGCUUAAAUUUCCAAAACUUCUUUAUUUAUGAUCACAUUUGAUUCAUACUUUGACACAAAACAACACUUACCUGACAUACCAAAAUGGACUCCACCCAUACCAUCCCCCACUCCCCACCCCAGUAUCCCCCCUCCAAUUUUUUAUGUCCCCCACUAUAGUAGUGGGGGACAUAUUGUUUUUGCCCUGUCUGUUGGUUGGUCUGUUGGUUGGUUGGUUUGCGCCAACUUUAACAUUUUGCAAUAACUUUUGCUAUAUUGAAGAUAGCAACUUCAUAUUUGGCAUGCAUGUGUAUCUCAUGAAGCUGCACAUUUUGUGUGGUGAAAGGUAAAGGUCAUCCUUCAAGGUCAGAGGUCAAAUAUAUGUGGCCAAAAUUGCUCAUUUUAUGAAUACUUUUGCAGUAUUGAAGAUAGCAACUUAAUAUUUGGCAUGCAUGUGUAUCUCAUGGAGCUCCACAUUUUGAGUGGUGAAAGGUCAAGGUCAUCCUUCAAGGUCAGAGGUCAAAUAUAUGUGGCCCAAAUCGCUUAUUUUAUGAAUACUUUUGCAAUAUUGAAGAUAGCAACUUGAUAUUUGGCAUGCAUGUGUAUCUCAUGGAGCUGCACAUUUUGAGUGGUGAAAGGUCAAGGUCAUCCUUCAAGGUCAGAGGUCAAAUAUAGCAACUUGAUAUUUGGCAUGCAUGUGUAUCUCAUGGAGCUGCACGUCAUAUAGGGGGACAUUGUGUUUCACAAACACAUCUUGUUUUUUUUAUUAUUUUUGAAUGAUCAUCUAUUAAAUGACCACACACCCGAAUUAUACCCACCUCUCCAUGAUGGCUUACGUUAUACUGUCAAGCACUCGAAUAGUCGAGCGCGCUGUCCUCUGACAGCUCUUGUUGAACUUUGGAAUCUGUUUUGUGUUUCCUUUAUUCAAGUAUUUUUUAUAUGUAAUCACAUGUAUAACUAGUCAUAAAUUGUUAUACUGUCACAUGCCUUGAACUCAGCCCGAUAACCAGGUAACCUAAUUUCCCAAAAGAUAUUAGGCUAGAUGACCACGUGACCUCGAAUAUCCGUCAGUUGCUUUCCGCGCCUGCGCACGCCUGUACUAUUUUCUAUUUAUAAAAUAUACUUGUUUUCAAUUAAAAAAAUUACAACAUACGUGUAAAGUACUGUUUGUUUAAAAAUUGUUAUUUUAGCAGCAUAAUUUCGUCUUUGUGUAUUGAAUUAAUAACAAUUGACUCGAUUUCUGUGUUGUUUAACAAGACGGAAGCUAGCCUAAGAGUUUUGCAUGACGUGACGUCACAAUUUUUUUGCUGCGGCGUGUUUUUACCCAUAUUAAAUAUUUAAACACAAAAUACUGGAAAACUAUAUAUUUUAGAAACAUUUCAACGAAUGUUGUCAAUGUGACAGGAUAAAUAGAAUAAUAGGUUGGUGACGUGGAUGGAGAAUGGUUACCUGGCUCGUCGGAGGAUCUUAUCGGGUUCGCAUUCGGCUCACCUGAUAACUGCCUCCGACUUGCCAGAUAACCAUUCUUCAUCCACGUCACCAACCUAUUAUUCUCUAUAUAUUCUGUAAGUUUUGUUAAUUUUACAGGUCUGUAAGUUCUAUCACAUUUUUAUGUUCUGUAAAUAAUGCAUGUGUUUGUUUUCACAAAUUUGUUCUUGAGAAUAUGUAAGAGCAUGUAAUUUUAGAAAAAUAGGAAAACGCA